GUCCUCAGCAAGAGUCUAACAUGCAGACAACACUCACAGUGAGCGCCCUGCUCCUAGCAGUGGUGACAGGCAGCCCCCUCCAGGGCUCGUCGCUGCAGCUCACCAACACACCAACACAAGAUACCAAUCUGGCGCCAAUUUACACGUCGGACGAGGAGCUUGAUCCAUAUUUGGUGCAUGACGAGGGACGAGAACCGUCCCUAAACUCUGGUGAAGAUAGUUUGAGUCAUGAACGAAGAAAGCGACAGACCACAGUAUCCGGAUCCGCCAACACUGAACACCUGGGUGGUGGGGCUCGGCGAGACAGCGCUAGCAUCAACUUGGGUCACACCUUCGACAAACACACAAUCCAAGGCGGCCUCAGUGUUGACCGCACCAAAGUUCCCGGCCUUGGGAGCGAGAGGAACGUGGGAGCCAAUUUGGGUUACGAGUUCAAGCCCAACAAACAGACCUCCAUCACCGCCGGUUUUCAACACUCCCGGGGUGGAGGCGGCAGGUCCAACAGUUUUGGACUUGGUUUCAGUCACACGUUCGGCCGGAAGAGGAGAGCCACAGAGAACUUGUAAAUAACGUCUUAUGAAGAAGUGAAAGUUGAGUGUGUUCUUGAGAUGCCAGCGUUCCUCUCCAGUAUUACUAGAGGGCCUCCAGAGACCCACGUCUAACUAGUCCUGUCAAUGCCUCUCAUAGGCCUACUUAGGCCUGGAAGCAAUUGGUACUGUGGGUGAGAGGGAAUUCCUCGUCCAGGGAUUCGAAUCCUACUCUGCAUUAAUAAUUUUGGAUAUGUUGUAUUAAGGCAUUACGAACUUUAGUUUGAUUAUGACUUUAGUAUUGAUAUUGUCUCUUAUUUUAUUUUUCUUCAAUAAAUGAAUAAUUGAAUUCAAAA